CCGCCGGCAUUUAUGCCUCUGGUCGCUGCUGCUCUGACCGGAGCGGCCAUAGCUAGGGUUUUGGAAGCAAGUCGCUUCCCCCUCGAACGCCGACGAUGCCGGUGGGACGCCUGAGCUCUGCGCAGCUGCUGAAGGACAACGACGCGCGGGACGCGGACUCCAUCUCGUCUUUGAAACUCGAUCAGAAAGCUCUUACCGAUGUGUCGUGUCUGGCGGACUUCAGGAACCUGCAGAGGCUCGAUCUCGGCUUCAACAACCUCACUUCGCUCGAGGGUUUGAGGCCGUGCGUCGGCUUGAAAUGGUUGUCCGUGGUCCAGAACAAGCUGCGGAGCUUGAAAGGGAUCGAAGGGCUCUCGAACCUCACCGUGCUAAAUGCUGGGAAAAACAAACUUAGAUCCAUGGAUGAGGUUAGGUCGCUUGUGAGUCUACGUGCAUUAAUUUUAAACGACAACGAGAUUGUUUCCAUAUGCACACUUGACCAAUUGAAAGAACUGAACACUCUCGUUCUUUCUAGGAAUCCUAUAGAAGAAAUUGGCAAGUCCUUAAUGAAGUUGAAGUCAGUUACAAAGCUCUCUCUCUCACAUUGCCAACUCCAAGCUAUUGGUACUUCACUCAAGUCCUGCAUCGAACUGAAAGAACUUAGACUUGCUCACAAUCAGAUUACGGCUCUGCCAAGUGAACUUGCUCAGAAUGUUAAACUUCAGAACUUGGAUUUGGGAAGUAACUCGAUCAUGAGCUGGUCGCAUGUGAAGGUGCUGAAAUCGCUUGUUAACCUUAGAAACCUCAACUUACUAGGAAAUCCUAUUGCGGAGAAUGAGAAAUCGACGAACAAGAUCAGGGGAGCUCUACCGAGUUUGCAGAUAUUCAAUGCAAAACCCAUCAAUAAGAACACCAAAAUCGAGAAGCUUGAUGUCGAUGUCAUUGACGAAUUUCCUCCCGUCGCUGAUGGUAAAGAAUUCAAAGAGGAAGAGCGAAGAGACAGGAAAUCCAAGCAUAACGUGACAAUGGGCAUUCAUAGUGAAAAUGGUGAACAUUCAACGCAAGGACAGAAGCGGAAGAAGCAGAAAAGCAAGGAUGAUUUGCUGAGAAAAGAAGCUCCAUUUGAUGACAAUAAUGACGCGGCACCAGAGCUGAAAGAGAGGAAAAAGUCCAAGAGAGCGAAAACCAGCGAACUCGAUGUUAUUGACGACGCAGAGGCUUCAUUCAUGGAGCUUUUCCAAGCUAAGGAAGCCACGGAUAAUCCCAAAGGAGAUGGAGAAAAGGGUGCAAUUGGUAAGGAUGUCGAAGAUGGGGUCUUGCUGGGUGGCUUGGUUUGCAUCCCUACUAAGAAAACGAAACCAAAGAGGAGGUCCUUUGAUCCUUCUCAACUGCAGUCAUCAACAAAUGAAAUUGGUAUGGGAGGUUUAUCUACUUGGGACGGUUAGGCUUUACAUGGUUAAUUGAACUGCUGCAUCACCAUCUCAAGCUGCCGUUGAACCCUCGAACUGUCGGCGCUCAUCUUGUUCAAUUGAACAAAAUUGUCAACAAUUGAAGUUCGAACUCCUUUUUUUUUAUCAAGUUUGGUCUAGUAAGAGGACUUGAAGAUUGUAAUUUUCUGGAGCCUAAUCACCAUUUCUUUUCGCGUCGAAGUCUUUUAUG